AUGGCAAAUAAUGAUGAAUAUGAAUCUUUUCUUCAAACACAUGAAUUUCAACUUUUAGUUAAUAAUAUUCCAAAACAUUUCUAUCGACGUUUAUAUGAAAAAAUGAAGAAUGAAAUAUUUGAUAGUGGGUCAUAUUUUCAAUUAUGUCCGGUUGAUGAUGAUGACGAUGAUUUAGAAAGAAUUUAUAAUCCUGAACGUCGAUAUUAUGUAUCAACAUUAGAAGAUGUUGUAUUAGAUCCAAAUAAUGAUGAAAAUGCUAUAUUUCUUAUUGAUCAUGCUUGGACAUAUAGAAUAAAAGAUGCACGAAGUAAUCUUAUGAACAUACCAAAUUUAUAUGAACGUAUGGCAUCAUUAAUGAAUGUUGAUGCAGAAACAAAAGAAGAUAGUAUUGAAGUUAUUUUACAACGUAUGUGGAAAUAUAAUCAAACAUAUACAUUAACAUCAACACAAAUUGAUCCACAACAAGAUUGUGAAGAAGCAUAUGAACCGUAUUGGUAG